GAGAAAGCUGGUUGCUGCCACUGAAGGCGCCUCGGUGGGCUGGCUGGCUGGCACUCUAUUCCCGUCGUCGCCCAUCCAGGAUGCUGGAUUUGGAUUACGCGCAGCUUGAUGGAUCCCAAUAUGGCUAUGUGUUCCCUAGUGGAUUCAUCAGUGAUUUGGACUCUUACAAGCAAGAAUCCACCUUUCCUCCCUGCCUUGCAGAUCCUGAGAGCUCCCCAGAGUCCUGUAUGAACUGGCUAGAGAUGCAAGAACCUGGAUAUGAACAAUCUGAGUUAGGCCACCUGGCUCAGCUGCAAAACGUCCAAGUCUCCUACCCCCCUGGCACUUACCCUCAGCCUCACCUCUCUCUGGAACCCAUCUAUAGCCACGAGGGAAUGAUGCCCAUCCAGAAUUCAACUAUGGGAUCCAAGGAGGAGUACAACACUGAGAUCUACAUCCCAUAUGAACAAUAUCUUGCUCCAAGGGAAAUCUGUAGCCCAUUGUCUGAAGAGGAGGAAUUUCACAAGGAUGGCCGGAAUCUGGAAGUAUCUUCUGACAGUGAUUUGGAUGAGAAUCUCUUAUCUAGGUUUGAUUCUGGCUCUCGCCGGAAACUCCGCCUCUACCAGUUCUUGCUGGAGCUCUUGGAAGGUGGCGACAUGAAGGAAUGUGUGUGGUGGGUGCAGCGGGAUGCGGGCAUCUUCCAGUUCUCUUCCAAGCACAAGGAGCUCCUGGCACACCGUUGGGGCCAGCAGAAGGGCAACCGCAAGAAAAUGACCUACCAAAAAAUGGCCCGAGCCCUGCGCAACUAUGGCAAAACAGGCGAGAUCCGCAAGGUGAAGAAGAAGCUCACAUACCAGUUUGGGACCUCACUGCUGGGCCCGUCACCAUCUUCCUAAAGCCCUCCCCAGAACUCCCAGGCCAGGAUAGUCUCCAGUGAAAUGCUUCCACUCUUGGCUUUCCUGAAAAACCCAAUUUGGGCAUUUGCCAGCUGGCUGUAUGAGAGAACUUGCCAGUUGCUCUGCACUAAGCAAAGAGGAUUGGUCUGAAGGCAAUGAGGUCCUCUAGGGUGGGGGGAUCUGCACUUUAGGGUAAGGUUUGUGGACCAGGACUAGUGGGUUUUCCUUGGUGGGGUAGGGAAAUGGGGUCCAGCAGAGAUGGAUCAGGCUGGGAUUCCUGGACUGAUCUUUCCUGGAUGGUUUGGGAACCAAUGCUCACAUCAACUCUUUCGAUGAUCCUUGGUGGGAAUAAAAAAGGGGUGAGAAAGCAACAGUGCUGCUAGAUUAUUUUUGACCCUGGCCUUAAUGGCAUUAUGGCUCCUCCUUAAAAAAUUCAUGGUGUAUCCCUACAAUUGUACAGGACUCAAUCCAAUGUUUCUCUUAUCCUCUCACCAUUCCAUGCCUUACCAUUUCAUCAACAUGAAUGAUCUUUGGAGCAGACCAAACAAAACAAUGUAUAACUUUAUAUGUACCUGGCCAGCUGCCCCCAGCUAUAAAAUGGUUUUUAGGAAUAAACAAGUUAGGGAAAUUGUGCAGAACAAAGGUUCUAGAAUUCUUUCCAACCUCUUAAUAGCUGCUCCACUCAUAUGACCAGGAAGCAAGAGGGGGGGGGGGCUUAGAGGAAGAGUCUCAGCCACAGUCUGAGAUACUGCCUAGAUCCAAACCAUUUUUUGAAUUUGGUCUUUCUUUUGCCAGCUUCUUCCCUCAUACCAAAUUUGGUCCUGUUCUGUUCAGUUUUCAGAGAAUAGUCUGGACAGACAGCUGGACAGUCCUGAGCUUCUUUCAGUAAUUUCUUCCCAACAUUCUGUUGGGUUGGAAAGAAUAAAAAAGAAACAAAGUUGGUAAGGAGAAGCAUCAGCCCCACAGCUGUUGAUCUGAGAAAGUACUCACCUCUUCUCCUUAGUUCCAGCAACUAUUCUGGAAGAAAACCAGAGGCAGAUAUGCUUCAUGGCAUUUAUAUGAACUGUCUGAGUUGGUGUGACUCUCUAGGGCACCUCUACACAAGGAUUCUGUAGCAGUUUGAAAGCAGCUCCAGACCUUCAUAUUUUCGCAGCGUUGACAGUAUUGGAGGGCUGAGCUAAUUUAUUUCCAGUUCAUCACUUGUAGUUCAAAUCACUGUUGAGUUGUUUAUUUGUUUUUGAGAAGCUGUGGCUCUUUUUUCCCACUGGAGGGAAGUCUUACCACGUUCUUCCUCCCAGUCCCUGAAUUCCAGGUCCGCUAAAGGGAAUGUUGACUUUGAUAACUUUGCAGCUCCCUCUCAGUUUUUUCAAUUUCUCCCUUUGGCAAGAAACUAUAACUUGUGGCUUGCCAGUUCCCCCCUCCAUACUUUUCCCCAUUUUGGGAUGGAAUGGAAGUACAAUAAGGGGAUAUUUGUUGCUCUAGGACAGUGUUUUUCAACCUUGAUAACUUUAAGAUGUGUGGACUUCAACUCCCAGGAGGACAUCUCUUUGGGAGUUGAGGUCCACACACCUUAAAGUUGUUAAGGUUAAAAAUUACUGCUCUAGGAUUAGCAGAGUUUGGAUCAGGGCAAUGACUUUUGCUUCUUUUUCUUGUGUUGGUGGAAGCAGUCCUCUACACAUCGCUUCUGAGGACUGGGAAGUGAAAACAGUGGGGGUGUGGAAAUAGCCUGAUUUAGCACCACGAGCAUCAUGCUGGGAAGGUGGUAGAUUAUUCUUAUUGGUGAGAUUUUCCAGGUGGCUCCCUUUUGCUCUGUGAGAUAACAGGAGCCAAGACAGAUUUACCAGUUUUAAUAAGCCAUGUUUUGUUUAGCCACGGUUUGCAGGCUUAGCCACAACUGAUUGUGUAACCAAAUCACUGUGGUUUGUUGAGUGUGCAGCUCCAGUUGUGUGGGCUGGCCCUUUAAAACUGGAGACACAAGAAGACGAGGCUCGUAGGGCUUGAACAGGCAGCUUAACUAAGAGGGAGCUUUCAGGAUGGAGGAGGCAUAAUAGAUCUUCAAGUAGUGGAAAAACACAGUGUUGAUUGGGGGAGGGCAGCAGCGGAGUGGGGACCCAAAUCUCUGGCCCAGGACUUGAAUGUGUACAUAUAGAGUUGAAAUGUUUAUUUAAUAUUACAGAGUGGGGGGUUUUUUGGUUAAAAUCUGAUUAUUUUUAAAUGGCAAUCUUUUGUAAAUAUUUUAGAAAUUGCUAAUAAAUGUUUACAUCAACAGAGAAUUUAAUUACA